AUGGGUGGUUUUAGUUUUGCACAGGGUUUCGUCCUUAUGGUAACUACUACCAUUUUGUCUGUUUCCUUUUCGGCCUUUGGUGCGGCUGAGAAAGGGCAGCCUUUUCCCGAACUUCUCGCAGAGGGGCCAAAGAGGAUCGUCGUGGGAGGCCAGACUGAGCGGUGGCGCACCAACCUUAACUACACUGAUUGGGCUCUCAAAAAUGGCCAAUUUUACGUAAAUGACACUAUAGUUUUUAAGUAUGAUCCACCGAAUGUCACUGAUCAGUACAGUGUAUACUUGCUACCGGACAUGUUUAGCUUCCAAACUUGCAAUUUAAAAAGAGCGAAGAUGGUGGCCAACGUGACACAAGGAGGCGGCGAGGGGUUCGAGUUUGUGUUGGAGGUGUGCCGUCAGACUUACUACUUUGCUUGCGGAGAGAAAGACCAUUGUAAGAAUGGACAGAUGAAAUUUUCUGUGACGCCCGAGUCUCGUUGA